AGCCAGCGGUGCGGGAUCUGUAGGGAUCUCUGGCCAGGAGACGGCGGCUCUGGUGCAACUUCUAAAACUUUUACCAAACUCCUCUUAAUUAAAUACAACUUUUCUCCUGAUCGAUCCAACUGCACGGGUCGAUAGCAGCGUGAGCAGAGCGGGCGUGUGUUGUUGUGCGUGAUCUAUUGGACACUACUGGAUGGAAUAAAAUAAGACUUUUUAAGGAAAAGUUGGGAGGAUAAAAAGUAAUGGAAGUGAUGUACAGAGCUAAGGUGGCUAACGCUAGCUGAGGUGGCUCACGCUAACUACGGUGUCUAACUUUAGCCUUGGUUCUGUACGUUUGGACAUGGCCCCGUAUAGUGGAAGCUAUCCUGCGAGUCUCAAACUACAACCAGGAUAAAUGGAACACUCGUAGUUAGAGAAGCAAGGCCUAUUGUUUUGAUGGGGAAAUGUCAAUAAAUGUCCUGGAACGUUGGAUCAUAAGAACAUAUUAACAUUUGAGAGAGAACUUUGGAUCCAUCUCUGGUGGGGUCAGUGCCAACGUACCUCAGGACCUGUUUGCGUUGGAUGUAAGGGUCGCUGCCACGAUGAAGGUGACCGUGAUGUUCGGGCGGACCGGGGUGGUUGUGCCUUGUAGAGAGGGAUGGACGGUCCAGGACCUCAUCCUGCAAGCCACCCAGCGGGUCAGAAAGCUACUGGAACAGGAAGGGGAUUUCCUGGUUCGGACACACCAUGUGGAGUACUGUGACGGGGGAAUCCUGGACCCAGACGACAUCCUGAGCGACCUGGUGGAGGACAAGGACAAGCUAAUGGCAGUGUAUGAGGAGAAGGAGGCCCAGCAGAGGGGCGUGGCCGGCACUAGUCCCGCCCCCAGCCCAGACCUCUACCAAUCAGAGCUCUCUGUGUUCCAGCCUAUCCGAGGGGGGGAGAUCGAGGUGAACUCCACAGCCCUCAAGUCCAGUACCCCUCUCCUGGUUAGGAGCAGCAGUGAUUCGAUGCUCAGCCCCCCCAUGGACACAGAGACCCCCCACCCUGAAGACUCCAACGCUACAGGCUCCAGCUUGGUUGUAGAGAGCAGUGGAGCGUUGGAGCGGUCAGCCAGCAAACUCUCCUUCAACAGCAGUCUGACUAGAACAGUGGAAAUAUCUGGAGAGCACGGCCCCCUGGGAAUUCAUGUGGUCCCCUAUCUUUCCUCGCUCAGCGGAAGGUCUCUGGGCCUGUACAUCCGUGGGGUGGACGAGGAGAGUCGCUCCAGGAGGGAGGGGCUGUUUCACGAGGAGGAGUGUAUUGUGAAGAUCAACCACACCCACCUCAUGGACAAAACCUUCAGCCAGGCCCAGGAGGUGUUCCGCAAGGCCAUGCGCUCCCCACUGGUGCGUCUGGAGGUGGUUCCCUCCUCCAAUAGUGAGCGCUACGAGAAGCACCUGAUUGGUCAGCUGUUCGGGGCUCCGCCUGCCACGGAGGGCAGCCCCUUCACAGCCAGGAGCAAGGAGCCCCUGCCGCCCGUCAAAACCAAACCCGCCUUUAAACCCACCGACCAUCCAGCCAACCUAUUGGCCCAGGAGGCUGUCACUCCUGAACCCGCUGCUUCCAAGGGGCGGUGCGAAAGCCCGUUAUUGAGGAAAAGCCCCGCCCUAGGCAACCUGGUGACCAAUAAGAAAGGAGGGAAACGACUGAGGAUUGAUUUAAAGAAAGGUGUGGAGGGCCUGGGCUUCACCGUGGUAACCAGGGACUCCUCGGUGCAUGGCCCUGGCCCCAUCCUCGUCAAGAACAUCCUGCCCCGGGGGGCCGCUGUUAAAGAUGGCCGUCUGCAGUCUGGCGACCGCAUACUCGAGGUGAACGGUGUGGACAUCGCCGGGGUGGGCCAGGAGGAGUUGGUGUGCAUGCUGCGCAGCACACGGCAGGGAGAAUGUGUGUGUCUGGGGGUCCUGCGACAGGACGAGAUGUUUCUCCCCCGGGAGCUGAAGGAGGAGCCCUUGCGGACCCCCCCCCAGCUCCCGGAGGACGGCAAGGAGGAGCUGAUGCUGGAGGUGGCCCUGAACGAGAGCGGAUCGGCGGGCCUGGGGGUCAGCCUAAAGGGCAACAAGUCCCGACACACGGGGGCCGACCUGGGCAUCUUCAUCAAGUCCAUCAUACAUGGAGGGGCCGCCUACAAGGACGGGCGUCUACGUGUCAACGACCAGCUGGUGGGGGUGAACGGGGCGUCGCUGCUGGGGCGGUCCAACCACGUUGCCAUGGAGACGCUGCGGCGCUCCAUGUCCCAGGAGGGCAACCUGAGAGGGACAAUACAACUGGUGGUGCUGAGAGUACAGGAUCAGCACGGCAUUUCAUCCAACCGCUCGUUUGACAGCACCCACGGACUUCCCGGAUUGGCCAACCAGACCAAUGGCACUGCCCACGCGCACAUGAUCAACAACAGCCUCUACUCCUCUGACGUGACCAAUGGGAGUUACUCAUACAUGGACGAAGAAGAGGAUGAAGAGCUGUCUCAUCGGGAACAUGACCUCACACACGGACACUACAGGGAGCCGUCCCUCUCCCCCAGCCUGCGGGGUCUCUCCUACCCGACCCCCAUGCCACUCGAGGUGGCCCAGACGCCCACCAGUCCCCAGCCCCAGCGGCAGUACCAGCACGUCAAGGCCUCCAAGAGCAUGGACCUGGGUACGAGUGCCCCCGAGAGCCAGCAGCAACCCGUGGCAGAUGAGAGCAAUGUGGGGUCCCUGGUGAGCAACCAAACAGCCCCCUCCCCUCAGGUAGAGCUGGGUCCCACCCUGGGUCUGAAGAAGUCCAGCUCCCUGGAGAGUCUCCAGACCGCCAUGUCGGAGGUCAACAAGAAGACCGAGCUCCUCCCCUUCCAUCGCCCACGCCCUAAUAUGGUCAGGGGGCGGGGCUGCAACGAGAGCUUCCGGGCGGCUAUCGACAAGUCGUACGACGGGCCGGCGGAGGAGGAGGAGGAAGAGGGGUCUGACCAGAGCUCCGGGCGGGACACCCCAGGCAGCAGCUCGUCCCACCAGGGAGCGGGGGAACAGACAGGGGAACGGACGGAGGAACAGACGGAGGAGACCGCUCCGUCCAAGAAGGAGAAGAACAAGAAGAACAAAGGGAAGAAGAAGGAGAAGAGCCAGGCCAAAGGAAAGGAGAAGGAGAAGAAGAAAGGAGAGGAGACGGAGGAGACGGAGAAGAAGAGCAAGAAGAAAGGAUUUGGCCUUCUGAGGUUUGGGAAGAAGAAGGAGUCCAAGGCUGCGCUGCAGAGGAAGAAGACUGACAUGUUGAGCCAGGAGGAGCUGCACAUCAUGAAGGACGAGAUAGAGAGGAUCGAGGCAAAGCAUCCAGAGCUGAGGGACCCCCGGGCCAAGGGGGACCCCAGGCCCAGGGGGCCAACGGCGGAAGGCAGCCGGGUCCCCGGAGGCCCCCGCUACCAGGAGGUGGAGGACGACGAGGCUGACCCCAACUACGCCCGCAUCAACUCCUUCAGAGACCGAGGGAACGUGGCCUCCACCUCCCCCGCCACGCCGCACUCCUCCCACCCCGCCGACCACGGCCGGGCGCCCUCGCCUCCGCAACAUCCCGCCCACCCCGGUUACGGUAACCACGGCAACGACCCCACGAUGGGACCCAACGGCGACCCCAUGGACGGGCUCUACGCCAAGGUGAACAAGCCCAGAGGAGGCGCCUCCACGGCGGCUGCUGUUGGACCCUCCCCUCCCCCUGCUCACGCCGGUGCUGGUGACAGUGAAAGGAUCCAGCUGCUGAGGAGAGAGUAUCAGCAGGCCAGGAGAGAAGGAAUGACCCCUGCCUACGAAGACCCUGACCCCCGGCGCAGAGGGCCUGACGACGACACACACCGGGUAGGGAACACACACACACACACACACACACACACACACACACACACACACACACACACACACACACACACACAAACGUGCAAACACUCAAGCAAACACACAUGCACACAUGCAAACACACACAAACACACAAAAAUAUACAAACACAAAUCCGCAAAAACAUACACACUCCCUACAGGCCGAUGAUAACAAGUGAGAAACACACUCUGAAAAACACUGUGUGUUUGUGUGAUGUACAUGAUGAUGCAUCUCGUACCUAAAGGUAUGGAAUUGUGUGUGCUGGUGUGAAUGAUGCUCGUGUUUAUUAGUAUUCUGCCUGACCAGAGGCCUGCAUCUGACCGACACCAUUGAAUAUAUAUGGAAAGAUUAGUUUGGAUGGCUACUGCUAUGGAUCCCUGAGGGUUUGGUCAUAGGAGCAGCAGACAAUGAUAGACAAUAUCAAUAUCGAAAGGAAAGGUAAUAAUAAAGUAGUAAAGUCAUAAUAUAAUAAAGUUUAAAAAGGGUGAAAAGAUUUUAUUAUUUUUGCACUAAUAUACAGAUUUUUACUAUAUAUGAUAUUUAUAUUAACAAAUUGAUUGGUAAGGUUUUAGAUCCACAUAAAAUGUGUCCCAAUGGACGACGCUGCGAUUUGUGCCAGGGUACCGAUUCUGUUCACACCCAAAGAAUAUCGAGCGUUAAAAACUAAAGAGAAUCGCAGAGAACAAAAUAACUAACGUAUGAUAUACUU